AUGGCCCAGAGAGAUGCCCGCUUCAACCAACAGGUCCUGGUGGACACCACGCCCAUGCCAGACCACAUCCCUAAGGUGGAAGAAAUUGGUGCUACCUCUGCCCCUCUUUUCAGCGCGGCCUACUUCAUUGGCGACCGGUGCAAGGCCUUUAACGAUGACUACAUGAAGUGCAAGGAUGAAGCGAACGGUCGCGGCGAGUUCGAUUGUAUGAAGGAGGGGCGCAAGGUUACCCGCUGUGCUGCUAGCGUUAUCAAGGAUAUCAACACCCACUGCAUGCAGGAGUUCAAGGCUCACUGGGAGUGCCUUGAGAACAACAACCACUACCUUUUCGAGUGCCGCAAGCCCGAGCAGUCUCUUAACAGCUGUGUCUUUGAGAAAUUGGGCCUGAAGAAGACCAUCCCCGGUGCCCCGGAAAACGAGGUGCCCGUGCACCUGCGCCCGAAACAGAAGUACGCCCAGUACCCCGGCCGACAGUUCUAA